GAGAGAGAGAGAGAGAGAGAGAGAGAGAUGGUUCAUCCUCAAGCGGGAGAGAAGCCUCAUGCAGUAUGCAUCCCAUUCCCAGCACAGGGCCACAUAAACCCCAUGCUCAAACUGGCCAAGCUCCUUCACCACAAGGGCUUCCACAUCACCUUCGUCAACACCGAACACAACCACAAGCGCUUGCUCCGGUCGCAGGGGCCCCACUCCCUCGACGGACUGCCCCACUUCCGCUUCGACAUGAUCCCCGAUGGCCUCCCGCCCUCGGACGCCGACUCCACCCAGGACAUCCCCUCGCUCUGUGCUUCUCUAUCUGAACACGGGCUAUCGGCGUUUAGGAGUCUUCUCCUGAAGCUCCGAGAGCAAUCCCAAGACGGUGUGGCCCCGGUCACGUGUAUCGUGUCCGACGGCGGGAUGGCGUUCACUGUGGAUGCUGCCGAGGAGUUGAAGAUUCCUGAAGUUGUGUUUUGGACGCCCAGUGCUUGCGGGGUGUUUGGCUGCACUAAGUAUCGUCGUCUUGUCGAGGAUGGUUUUACGCCCCUGAAAGACCCAACCUACUUGUCGAAUGGAUAUUUGGAGACCACGGUGAGCUGGACUUCAGGCAUGAAAAGCAUUCGCCUGAGAGACAUCCCCACCUUCAUCCGAACCCUAGACCACCAAGAUAUCAUGCUCAACUUCGUCAUCCAAGAAGUCGAGAGAUCUUCCAGGGCUUCCGCAGUCAUCCUCAACACCUUCGACACCCUUGAGCACGAUGUCCUGGAGUCUCUAUCCUCCGUCUUUCCCCACAUCUACACCAUUGGGCCGCUCCAGCUCCUUGCCGACCAGAUCCAAGACGAAGCCCUGAGAUUGGUAGGGGGGAACUUAUGGAGAGAGGAGCCCGAAUGCUUGUCAUGGCUUGACUCGAAGGAGCCUGGCUCGGUGGUGUACGUGAACUUCGGCAGCAUCACGGUCAUAACAGCUGGCCAGCUGACUGAGUUUGCAUGGGGACUGGCUAACAGCCAGAAGCCAUUCCUGUGGAUCAUAAGGCCGGAUCUUGUGGCGACCGAGUCGGCUGUGUUGCCACCCGAGUUCGUGGAAGAAAUCGCAGGCCGAGGGAUGCUGGCACGCUGGUGCCGGCAGGAGGAGGUCCUGAAGCACCGGGCGAUUGGAGGUUUCCUGACGCAUAGCGGAUGGAACUCGACACUCGAGAGCCUCUGCGGUGGCGUGCCGGUGAUAUGCUGGCCGUUCUUUGGGGACCAGCAGACUAACUGCCGGUAUAGCUGCACGGAGUGGGGGAUCGGGAUGGAGAUCGACAAUGACGUGAAGAGGGACGAAGUGGAAGGAUUGGUGAGGGAGUUGAUGGAGGGAGAGAAGGGGAAGGAGAUGAGGAAGAAGGCCAUGGAGUGGAAGGCGAAGGCGGAGGAAGCAAAUGCCGGUGGGACUUCCUACAAUAACGUGGACAAGCUCAUCUCCGAAGUACUCUCGGAAAUUGAUUGACUACUAUAGAUGGCUGAAGGUUUUUGGCUAGUUGGUCGAUCAAUUAAUAAAUUGCUCCUUGGAGAAUCUAAGUUAGAUUUUGGAGAGGUCUAGCGAGCUUUGGUGUUGUAUGCAAUGUGUUAGUGUCUUGCCCACCGAUCAAUUUGAUUGUUGAAUGCAAGACCCAAGUUAGAUGUUGGAGUUCAGACUUGGCCUGUGCGCUAUACAUGCAUGCAUGGCCGUGUGCAAAUAAUUAAGUCUUUGUUAUCUUCACUC